AUGGCGGGAGAAGAGGACGACCCCUAUGAGUGGGAUGUCACCCAAGUGGUGCGCGAAUUAUGCGGCCUCGAGAAGCGCCCUUGGCACCCGAAUGUUGUCACCAAGAGACCCGAUCCAGCGACUCUAUCAAAAGCGUUGAUUGAUAACGAUAUUGACGGCGAAACGCUACUCACCUACCAAGAUGUGAUGCAGUCCUUCGACGGUAUCUUCCAAGGUCUUGGCCUCGUCAAGAUCACCCACAAGAUGACUUUCGUCAAUGCGGUUAAUUAUCUGAGGUCAAAGAGCCGCGGAUACCGAGCGUUCAGAGCCGACGCGGUGAAGCAGGAGAUCGAGACAUCGACCGAUCCACAGGAAGUACAAGUCAACGGCAACUGCGACUUUGCAGUCCCAGACCACACCGGCGCAUCGGAGAGCCCUCAAAAUAGACCCCCGACUCACGACGUUGAUAUGCAGGGUAACUCAGACGACUGCAUUCCUGCAUCAGAUCUGCCGUACAGCCAGGCUCUUCCUGCCCAGGAACCCAACGUCCAGGUUCUGAUGCAAACCGCUCACUUGGAAGCCCCACAAGGUAUCGGUACGGGUCAAGAGACGAGCGAACCGGCCCAGAAGAAGAGAAGAACGGUACCAACAUUGGUGUCCACUGAUGUCCUUGGAGUGGGCAAUGCGCCUAUCCGAACUGCCGCAGACGACGUUACUGUGCGGUCUUAUGGCACAAAAGACACUCUGCCUCAGCUUCCCGAUUCCUUGACAAGGAAUCCUGCAAAAAGCUCGGGAGAUGAGGGGAACAAGUUUCCUGUCCAGGAGCAUGCCUCCAAAGCGUAUUUCGGCCCCAGUGGGCUGACUUUGGACGGCCAAAUCCCCAGGUCAAGUCUGGUUCAGGACACCAGGGAUACAGAUGACGGCAGCAGCUCGUUCCUUCAUCUCUCGAAAGGCCUGAUCCCUGCUGGCCGACGUCUUCAGGUCAGCCGGGCAAUGCGACGACUAUUCCGCUCGAACAACCAGUCGCUUGCCUUGUUGCAGAGCGGCCAAUCUCCCUAUGUUGAGCCAGAUGAGGAGGAUAAGGUCCUUCCCGUCUUUGGCGACUCAGGCGACGAAGAUGGCUACGACACGGAGACAAGAGAAGCAAUCCAGAAAGAGGAAGAAGAAUUGCAAAGGGAGGUGGAUCUAAAGUCCCAAUACCUUACCCGAGAUGAAGUCGAACGUGUGAUACAAGAUGAGAUCCAGCAGAUGGAAGACUCGUGGGACGAGAGAAAGCUUCCCAAGAAGCAGCGGAAAGCGAAUGAACUCUGGAACAAAGCUCGCCGACGUGGUCUCAUCCGACACAUCGGUAGCGCCACGGCCAAGCUCGAGAUGCUCAACACCCGCAUCGAGAAACUAUGCCGGGAAAUUCGGGAAGACGAAUGGCCCAACGAGAAUCAGCUCAGAAGACAAGCUCGCUCUCUCGAGUGUAGUGUCGAGGAUCGGAAAGCCGAAAGAUGGCUCCUCGGCGUCUUGCGAGGGCAUGAACCUCCACGGCCGGAAUCGAUGUCUAAGCCACGACCGACCCCUGCCAGGCGAGAAAUCUUGUCUGACGAAGAUGGAGAAUAUCUCACUAGUGAAGAUGACGACAACGAUCACUUCAUCGUCGACGACAUGAUGGAUGUUGCGUGCUCGCCGGUUCCUGAUCAGUCCCGACCUGCAAGCCCGAUGAACCUGGAUAAACCCGAGGAGCUGCUUCAACAGGGUCUUCACGGCCCAGAACUGCCUAAAAGCGAAUCGCCGGCCGACAACGUAGUUGACAUUCAGUCGGACAAUAAUAUUAUCGACUUGACGAUGUACGACUCCGAGCCCGGUUCUGAGAAGCACACCGACGAGAACAUCAUUUGCCUCGAUACGCCCCAGAAGGCAAAGACACCCCUAGCGUCGGUUCCGCCGUCUCUCCCCAAUAGCGAUAUUGAGGAACGGCCAAGACUCUCACAGGAGGAGCUUUCAAUUCCAUACGAACAGCCUGAGCGAAUCGGCGUCAUCGCACCUAAGAUGUGGAAGCUGCAUUCGGAUAAUGAACGACUCCUCAUAUCUGUCAUCUGGCGACUCGACGAGCAACAAAGGCGAGCCUUCUUCCAUACCAUCAGCACAACGGCCCCGCCUGACAUAUGGACCGACUUCGUCAUGACAGCACUGGAAGAUACAGAAGACGAUGAAAAGGAGGCUGCGCGCGAAACGGGCACCAUCAUUGCCCGUCUAUUCAGAACCUAUGUGUUUCGCAAACUAGCGUCGCCCGCCAGCAUCACCAAGCGCCUAAGCGAGCGGAAGGCUAGGGGCAUCAAGGGCAAGGUAGAGCGUUUCGAGAAUUUUUGCAGUUUCGUAAAGGAGGAUGUUGUGCCCUAUUUUCCGAACGUCACCCUAAAUACGGCUUCUGGUUCAGAAGCGCCUCGGAAGAACUGGCACGGAAAUUUUGACUCCUUAAUCGGUUAUAGUGAUGAUGAUAUCGAGGAGUCGUCCUCCUCCAAGAAGCGAAAGCGGGUUGUCAUCGUUGACCAAGCAGCUAAAGAUCUCAGAGAAAGUGACCGCCGUCGAAGGGAGGAACAGGAGGAACGACGAAAGGAGCUGCGCAAGAAGCUGGCCGCGUCCGGCACCAUCUCCAGCGAUAAGUCACGGCUAAUUAUCAACGACGCAAAAAAAGACAAUCAAGGUCUGGUUUACGUCAAUGAGCACAUUGGCAAACAGAUCAAAUCCCACCAGAUUAACGGCGUUCGUUUCAUGUGGAACCAGAUUGUUGACGACUCCAAGGUGCGUCAAGGAUGUCUCUUGGCUCACACCAUGGGUCUCGGCAAGACUAUGCAGGUCAUCACCUUGCUCGUUGCAAUCGCCGAGUCUGCGCAGUCCGAGGACGAGUCCAUCCGAUCACAGAUCCCCGAAGAACUUAGACAAUCCAAAACCCUCGUGCUGUGCCCGUCGGUUCUUGUGGAUAAUUGGAUGGACGAGCUGUUGAUGUGGGCUCCUGACGGGCUUCUUGGGCGUCUCUUCAAAUUAGAGGCCAUCACAAAGGCACCAGAGAGAGGUCCCAUGGUUCGCAGGUGGGACGAGGAAGGAGGCGUGCUGAUUAUAGGUUACGACAUGUUCAAGAGGUUGGUUGAUUCGCCCGCCAACGAACUGCCAUCGCCUCACGAUGCAAAGUCGGUCAAGGAAAUCCUCACUCAGAGCCCCAGCCUUGUUGUUGCGGAUGAGGCUCACAAGAUGAAGAAUCCGAAUUCAAAGUUGGCGACGGCCACCGCACAAUUCAGAACACAAAGUCGGAUCGCACUCACUGGCUCUCCUUUGGCUAACAGUGUGCUGGAAUUCUACUACAUGAUCGACUGGGUGGCGCCUGGGUACUUGGGCCCCAUUCAGGAAUUCAGUUCUCUCUAUGCUCAACCGAUCCAUUUGGGUCUCUACGAGGACAGUCCCAAGUCUGCCUACCGCAAGGCAAUGAAGCAACUUGCUGUCCUGGAGGCUACUGUUCAACCCAAGACGCACAGGGCAACAAUCAAAUCCUGUCUCAAGGAUGACCUGCCACCAAAGAUGGAGUUCGUGCUUACAGUUCCGGUAACACCCAUUCAGGCCAAGCUCUAUGACACUUUUCUAGAGUCUCUCAGGAAAGAGGAGAGAGGCGGCGGAAAGAUUCUUGGUGCCGUCAACAGCUUCUGUCUCAUUGCCAAUCACCCCAAGACUUUCCAAACGAGACUGAGAGAGGAGCGCCACGCUUUGGGGAAGAGGGACAAAUCGAACCUUACUUUGACAAGCCAAAUCAUAAGUGACGGUCUCAAGAUUACAGGGCUUGAGAAGGACAUAUCUUCGCCGGCCUUGUCCUGGAAAGUGCGGCUUCUUGUCGCCAUUCUGAAUGAGAGCGAGAGUGUGGGCGACAAGGUUCUCAUCUUUACCCAGUCAAUCCCGACCAUGGAUUACUUAGACUCCCUUUUCCGGCAACAGAAACGGAAGGUUGCUCGUCUCGAUGGUAACACGCCGAUCAGCCAGAGGCAGCAGAAUAUCAAGGACUUCAACAGCGGAGACACCCAGCUAUACAUCAUCUCCACAGCUGCCGGAGGCACUGGCCUCAACAUUUUUGGGGCAAAUCGCGUGGUCAUCUUCGAUUUCAAGUACAACCCUAUUCACGAACAGCAAGCAAUCGGCAGAGCGUAUCGCAUUGGUCAGCAGAAGCCGGUCUACGUCUACACGUUCAUUUGUGGUGGCACGUACGAACAGACCCUACAUGAUAGAGCUAUCUUCAAGACCCAUUUGGCCUCUCGCGUCGUGGAUAAUGAGAAUCCAAAACGAUGGUCCACAAAGGAACAUGAGUACCUCAAGGAUCGCACGGAACCCCCGCAAAAAGAUUUGAGUCCCUUUGCGGGCAAGGAUGUUGUGCUCGACAGUCUGUUGAUGCAUCCCGACCUGUCCCAGGGUAUCCGUUCUAUCAUCAAGACGGACACUUUUGAGGAAGAUGAUAUCACAAAUAUCUUAACUCAAGAAGACUUGAAGGACGUGAAGGACCAGGUCUACAUGAAUUCAAUCAGAAACACCGAUCCAGAGAAGUUCCACAAGUUGGAGCUUGAAAGGGCCGGCAGACUUAACGCUGCGCCGUCAGUGAUGGGUAUCGCAGCAGUUUCUCAAGCAGCGUAUCGGCCCCCAGGUUUGCCCCCAGGUGGCGUUCAAACACCUAUACUGCCCCCUCUUCAUCCUGGCUUGACUGCAAGAGGUUCACCUUAUUCACUGGGCCAGUCUGUCGGUAUUCAAAGGGCCACCGCUGCCGAAGUGCCACCGUCAACGGUGCCUGCGCCAGAGCCGGCAGCAGCGCCUUCACACAAAGAUGGAGAGAAUCUGGACGCAACGCAACAGGGGUCUCCGCAGUCUGUCCCGGAUGUCGCUUUGAGCAUCGGAAAUCUUGUUCAGCAAGACCUUGUGGAGUCUCGAGGCGCCCACCCUAUGCCCAUCGCCGGUGCCAAUACAUUCUUCAGGGGCCAACAGGGACCCAUGUCCCCCUCACCUGCAGACAAGUCUAUUUCUUCACCUUCGGCGAGAAAGCAGACGAACUUGAAUUCCGGAAUCAUCAAAUGGCCGGGUCAAUUCGAGCAAAAGCUCCUCGAGUCAGUCGACAAGAUCGCGGACCCCGAGUUGCUGCGCGCAAUCGGAGAGGACAAAAGUGAUCUUUGCAAACGGAUUGCCAGCUCGACUUGGCUUAUAAGGGGCGAGAUGAAUGAGGGGAAGCUGCCUGACAAUUCUCACAUGAAGAAGUUAUGCAGCUUGGUAGAAAACCCUAGAUUCUCUGCGGCGAUUCUCACGGGCCAUUUGCCUCCAAACAAAAUUGCCCAAGCAUCGACGGAGAAAGGACUCGACAAUCUUGUCGGCGAGCUGACACAGCUUGACAACGACUCUUUUUACGAAAAACUCGGACUGAGAAAGCACUCGGCUAGAGGACCUGACGUAUGA